UCAUUAAAUCCAAUCCGACUUGUUCCCUCGGAUCACUUCGGAGAGAGCUCCAAAACAUGGCGCUAAUGGCGUCAAUAAUUCGCCGAAACAUCUCCCAAAAACCUCCGUUUUGGAACCUUAACCCUCGAAUUUGGCCGUCGAGGCUCAUCUUCUCGUCGCCAGAGGGGAGGGGGGAGAAGAGCGCGGUGGCGAUCGAGAAGAUUCUGGUGGCGAACCGGGGGGAGAUCGCCUGCCGGAUCAUGAGGACCGCGAAGAGGCUCGGGAUCCGGACCGUCGCCGUAUACAGCGACGCCGACCGGGACGCCCUCCACGUGAAGUCCGCCGACGAGGCAGUUAGGAUCGGCCCGCCGCCCGCCCGGGCCAGCUACCUCAACGCUUCCGCCAUCGUCGAGGCCGCCCUUCGAACCAGCGCCCAGGCUGUCCACCCAGGCUAUGGUUUUCUCUCAGAGAGUGCUGACUUUGCCCAACUUUGUGAAGCUGAAGGGCUUACAUUUAUUGGGCCUCCAGCAUCUGCUAUCCGAGACAUGGGGGACAAGAGUGCAUCAAAGAGGAUCAUGGGUGCAGCAGGUGUACCACUUGUUCCUGGCUACCAUGGCAAUGAACAAGACAUUGACUUCUUAAAAUUAGAAGCUGAAAAGAUUGGAUAUCCCAUUUUGAUAAAGCCUACACAUGGUGGUGGGGGGAAGGGCAUGAGAAUAGUCCAAGGGCCAGAUGAAUUUGUUGAAUCUCUUCUGGGAGCACAACGUGAAGCCACUGCUUCCUUUGGCAUAAACACCAUCUUAAUAGAGAAAUAUAUAACUAAGCCCAGGCAUAUAGAAGUCCAGGUUUUUGGAGACAAACAUGGGAAUGUCAUACAUCUAAAUGAGAGAGAUUGCAGUGUGCAAAGAAGGCACCAGAAGAUAAUUGAGGAAGCUCCUGCACCCAAUGUUACUAAUGAAUUCCGCUUCCGCUUGGGUGAAGCUGCUGUCUCUGCUGCCAAGGCAGUUGGUUAUCAUAAUGCUGGAACGGUGGAAUUUAUAAUGGAUACGCUCUCGGGCAAAUUUUAUUUCAUGGAGAUGAAUACACGUCUUCAGGUUGAGCACCCUGUGACUGAGAUGGUUGUUGGUCAAGAUCUUGUGGAGUGGCAGAUUCAUGUUGCAAAUGGAGAACCUCUACCACUGACUCAGGAACAAGUGCUCUUAAAUGGACAUGCCUUUGAAGCUCGAAUAUAUGCUGAAAAUGUUUCAAGAGGAUUUCUUCCUGCAACUGGAACCCUACAUCAUUACCGGCCAGUCCCUGUUUCACCAUCAGUGCGUGUUGAAACGGGGGUAGAAGAAGGAGACGCUGUCAGCAUGCAUUAUGAUCCCAUGAUAGCUAAGCUUGUAGUAUGGGGAGAAAAUCGCAAUGCAGCAUUAGUUAAACUAAAGAACUGCUUGUUAAAAUUUCAGGUUGCGGGCUUGCCGACUAAUAUCUCUUUCCUCCAGAGUCUUGCAAAUCAUUGGGCCUUUGAGAAGGGCUUAGUCGAAACACAUUUCAUUGAACAUUUUAAAAAUGAUCUUUUCAUUGACACGGCUGAUGAGGUAGCUGCCGAAGCAUAUGCUGCUGCUAAGCUUGGUGCAAGCUUGGUUGCUGCAUGUAUUUGUGAGAAGGAGCAUGUUACUUCGAAAGAAACUCUCCUUGAUGGUAACAGGUUACUUUCACUUUGGUAUAUUCAACCACCUUUCCGAAUGCAUCACUCUGCCAAGCGGAAAAUGGAAUUAGAGUGGGAUAGAGAACUUAAUGGUAGCUGCCAGGAGCUUUUGAAAAUUGUUAUUACCUAUCAGUCUGAUGGAAGCUAUUUCAUUGAGAUCGAAGAUGGUGAUUCCCCUGGUUGGGAGGUUAAAGUCAAGCAUGUAGGAAAUCAUGAUUUCAGAGUUGAUGCUGAUCAACUGCACAGCUAUGUUACUUUAACACUUUAUUGCAAGGAUACUAGCAAGCACAUACAUAUUUGGCAUGGCAAGCAUCAUCAUCAUUAUAGACAAAAUGUCAGGCAUGAACAAUCUACUGAUGAUGGCUCUCAGCAUCAACCCAGUCGUCAGGUGGCAUCUCACCCUAAAGGGAGCGUUGUAGCACCUAUGGCUGGUUUGGUUGUUAAGGUUUUGAUUGAGAAUGGUGCAUUAGUGGAGGAAGGGCAGCCUAUUUUGGUUCUAGAAGCGAUGAAAAUGGAGCAUGUUGUCAAGUCACCCCGUGCUGGGUAUGUGGAUGGGCUUCAAGUUGCUGCCGGUCAACAGGUUUUUGACACCACCGUUUUAUUCAGUGUCAAGGAUAAGUAGCAUGCUUAGCAGUGGCAUGAAGACGUAGAAGAAGAUACCGGAAGCAGUUAUGCAAACAGGCUUAAUGUAUUGCAGCAUUUAUUGAACAAAAUUAUACUUGCUUCUCAGAGGAGAAUAUGGCAAUAACAGUUCUGCAGAGAACCAUGUAUUGCAGAUGAACAAAUUUCAGGGUAUAUUCUCCAUUGUCACGUCGAUCUUUUUAAUAAUGUAUACUGAAAGAAACAUUACUAGCAUUUGAAAUAAACAAUGCAGCAUUUGCAUUUUUUUAUA